UAAAAUGUCUGUAUUUGUUAUUAUUUUAGAGCCAUUCAUUUCAUUUCUUGAAUUACAGGCAAGCAUGGGCUGGACGAUCUGAAGACGAUGUUUGCUAACAGAGGUCUAGAUUUAAAUAACGUUAUUGAGAUCAUUGGAAAUAAUCAAGAAUCUGCAAAGUUGCUCUAUGAAAAACUUUCGGACCUCAGAUACCAGGGCACACUACAAGAGACUGAGAAUGGAGAUCAAUUCUACGUGUUUAAUAACCAGUCCUUCCCUGGCACACCAGAGACACCAGUUACCAUGGUUAUGGCUACUUGUAUGCAGGACCUUCUUAAAUUAUCCCUACAUGUAUUGCUCAAAGUUGAAUACGCUUCGAAAAUGUGGACAUCACGUGGAAAAUUGGAUGAGAGUGCGUUUUAUACCUUUCUCUUCAGAGAUCCCGGUAAUAUGUGGUUGUGCCAAUCUGUAAAGGAAAACAAAACUUCACAAAAUCCACCAUUUAGUGGCCAGUACUGUUACUCAACGACGAUUGAUGGCUUUUUUGGACUGGGAUUCUGUGUACCAGAUACAUGUUCAGAGACAGAUCUCAACAUCUUGUUUUGGCUAUUGUUAUUAAUCGAUGGUUCAGAGACAUUUGCUUACAUAGACUGCACAGAACCGACUCCAUGGAGUGCAGCCGACAUCGGAUUUACAGCUUGUCUUGCUUUCUUCGCGUUUAUGGUCCUAUGCGGAUCCCUGUACGACCUAUUUCUCCAACAAAAAGUCUUACGUAAGAUGUGCCAUCACACGGAAGAGAUGGUAGAUAACAACGGCAUGCAAGAGAAAUCAAAGAGCGCAACAGAGAACGACUAUGAAAACAUACGUAACAACAAAAUUAAAGAUGACCAAGGGUCUGAUAUAGCAACGACCUCGGUCGAUAGCGCCUUGGAUGCAACCCUUGAUGUUUCCGAUGGGGUGGAUGGUGAAAGUAUGGAAGGAGCGAAGGUCAACGAGGGGUACGACUUCGGAGAGGAAAAGGAUGUCGAGGAUGCGGUAAAAGAAAAAUCACCGGCUCUGGAGGUGAAGAUGGAGAAUACAAGCUCAUUUUCUCAAAUCCAUAAAAGAUCAAGAAUCACUGGGUGGGCUGUUCUUCAUGCAGUCAUGAUGUCCUUUUCUGCGAUAAAUAAUUGCAAUAAACUCCUCAGUGCCAAGAAGAGGAACAACAACCUGGGAGUCUUGAACGGACUCAGGGUUCUCAGUAUGUUCUGGGUGAUUCUUGGUCACUCUGCCGCGUUCUACAUUGGCCGACUCCACAAUCCAAUGGAAACUUUUGAAAUAACAGCAAGCUUGGGGUUCCUAGCUAUUAUCAAUUCAUCGGUCUCUGUAGAUACAUUCUUUGUCUUGAGUGGUUUCUUAGUCACUUACUUGACUCUGCGACAGAUUGACAGUGUCCGCAAAAGAAGCACUACGCAAUGGGCAGGUUUCUGGUCCUUGUUUUAUUUCCACCGCUGGUGGCGUCUGACACCGGUUUACAUGGCAACCAUGGGUAUCUUUGCCCUUCUAAAGCCCCACUUCGGUCUCGGAUGGUCUACAGACUUUUUCUCUGAAUACAUAAAGGAUGCAUGUCGCCGGCUGUGGUGGACCCAUCCGCUUUAUAUCAAUAACCUAUAUCCAUGGCCAAACGAUAUGGAUGAAUCGUGUAUGGGAUGGUCAUGGUAUCUAGCAAAUGAUAUGCAGUUCUUCAUUAUCAGUCCUUUCAUCAUCAUCGUUCUUUACAAGAAUGGAAAAGCGGGCCUUUGCUUGGUUGCUUCAGUUAUGAUGGUAUCUCUAUCAUCGCUCUUUGGAAUCAACUGGUACUAUGGAUUUACCAUAAAUGCACAAGAACGCUAUACGGACAAUGUCCCAGAACCGGGAAAUGAAGAUGUCAUCUACCCUAAACCCUAUACCAGAAUUCCACCGUAUCUUGUCGGCAUGAUAGUAGCUUAUGCGAUUUUCAAGCUCAAGGGGAAACAGCUCAAGGUCAAUCCUCCGGUGAUGCUCGCUGGUUGGGCAGUGGCACUAACAAUCCUCUGGCUUGUUCUAUAUGGAAUAUGGUUCCCGAAUCAAAGGACAGACGUUCCUCAAUCCACAGCCGUAAUGUACCUCACCUUCUUUCGUGUUGCAUGGGGAGCUGGUAUCGGUUGGAUCAUCUUUGCCUGUAUUCUGAAUUACGGAGGACCUAUCGGUUCCAUCUUGAGUUGGAAGGUCUGGAUCCCUCUAGCAAGACUGACCUACUGUGCUUACUUGGUUCACCCUAUCAUUAUCUUUACCAAAGUUCACUCUGACGCAUUCCUGUUCCACAUGAGCUAUAUUACUUUAUCUUACCUGUUCGUUGCCAAUCUGGUCUUAUCCUACGUCUCGGCCUUGAUUCUUUCUCUUCUGAUCGAGGGUCCUACUAUGGGCCUUGAAAAGGUCAUGUUUGGGAAGUUUAAAAGGUCAUAACUUCGUAUACAUGCAGGCUACG